AAAGCUCGUAUGGCAACGUACAGUCGAAAUUCGAAGCGUGUCUUUUCAAUGCAUAUUUGUCGGCAUUUAACUCGAAAUAUUUUUGUUUAAGGAAUUUUCGCAUUUAAAUUUCAAAAUACUUUUGAAUAAAGCUUAUAUUUCAUUUUCUUAAAUCGAAAAGUUUAAUUACAAUGGAAGAAAAAUUAAAUUCGGUUGAGUCGGUCAAGAUUGACGAUGGGACAUUCAAAUAUAUUCUUGUUAAAGUUUAUGACCCGGAUAAUGAAGAAAAAACGUUUAAAUACAUUGUAAGGGGUAUGAGUACUGCUGAAUAUCAUGGUGACAUAUAUGAAGUUACAACACCAGAUAUUGAGAAACUUGGUCUAGAAUGUGAAUGCGUGGGAGGAGGCCGUAUAAAGCAUAAUCCAGUUGAUAAAACCAUCCAUGUGUAUGGAUACUCACAGGGCUAUGGGAGAGCAGAUCAUUUAAUGACCUGUCGCCUUCUGAAGGAACGUUAUCCCGAUUAUGCCAAAAUAGACUUUUCCAAUGAUGGCUACUGAAUGCACAUGGAGCAAUCUUCCUUCCUUCCAAUCUAAUAUUCAAUUUGUUGCAUGAAGCCGCAUAGCUCUAUUGCCAAAAUGCAUGUGUGUAUUUAUCUCAGUACUUUCUUGGAGAGUGAUAUGUGACUGUGAUGCGAAACAUUUUGUUUAACAAAAUGUAAAUGUACAUUCUUCAUGUUGUGGGAUGUUAUUUAUGAAAAUUACAGAAUUGUUUAAAUUUGAAAGUUUGUCUUUUGCAUACUAUUUGCUUAUAUGUGUAUAAAUAAACUGUACAGUGCAAGUGAAGCUAAAAAAACAACAAAAAGACUAUUACUUAUUAAAUUAUUUCAUUAUCA